UCCUAUCGAGACUUGUCCGGGUCACGUGACGUAGUAUUAGCUCGCUGACUGUGCUUUGUUUUUCGUUUUGUUCACUGUUUCGGAAAUGCGACAUUUCUCGCUCUCAUCGAGGUGUUGUCGUCGAUGGACGCCCAACGACCGCUCCAAGAACCGAUUUCAACGACCUCCUUCGAGCACUUUCGCCCUAAAAACCGAAGCCGUAGGCCUGAGCGUCACGUGACCUGCAUGCGACGGAGCGUUUGAUAAAAAGAUGGCGUUAGCUCGAGCGGAGAGGACAAACAAACACGGAGCCUCAGAGAGCUGCUGACCGCGAGCCGCAGCUCCUAGGAAAAAAAAAAGUAAUAUGGAUCCUGGACAGGAUUUACUGCUUGCUGCUUUAAGUGAGAGUGGAAUUUGUCCAAACGAUAUUGGGCUGUUAGAUGUGGAUUCUCAGGAUGUUACACAGCCCUCUACAGCCCAGCAAUCCAUUUCCAUCAGCGCCCUCGAUGUUGGGGUGGGAGCGGAAUCAGCGGAAGUUGUUCGACCUGAGCCUCAAACUGCAGUCCCAUUUGUUACAAUCAGACAGCACAAACCUCAGCCAUCAACAACCACAUUUGUCCUAAAUCAACUGAAUCAGUUGCCAUCACUAGGGAGUGCUACUACCAAGCAGUCAGUCACCAAUCCAAUCAAACACACCAUAACCCUCACCAAGGUGGUCCAUGUGGCUAAUUCAGGACUGCGGACUUCAGCAACUCCCUCCCCCAUGGGUGUCCCCCCCUCUGUGUCCACAUUAGUGCCUUCUAACAAAGAUCAGCAGAUUCAGCUGAAAGAUCUCCUUCGGCCCAAAAAUGUGAAAACCACAGUUUUAAAGGGCAACAGCCUGAUGGAGCUGAUGAAGCUCAAACCCCCACCAGACAUUGCCCCACCUGUAGCAACGGCUGCAGCAACGGGUCCAGGUGAAAUUAACAAUGGGAUCAAGAAAGAAGUGUUGGGUAAAGAUGGAGCCAGGAUCUGGAUUAAAGACGACACCAAAAUUCAAAACUUUUCAAAUACUUUGAAAGUUGCAGGUCUAAAGGAAGAGGAUGAACAUGAGGAAGAAGAGGAAGAGGAGCUGGGUCACGCAGAGACAUAUGCUGAGUACAUGCCAUUGAAAUUAAAGAUCGGCAUGAGACAUCCUGAUCCUGUGGUAGAGACCAGCUCCCUGUCCAGCGUCAAUCCUCCAGAUGUGUGGUACAGACUGUCCAUCCCAGAGGAAGCCAUUGAUCGAGGCUGCUUGUCAGCGCUGCAGUUGGAAGCAAUCACAUAUGCUGCUCAGCAACAUGAGACAUUCCUACCCAACGGUGACAGAGCCGCUUAUUUGAUUGGAGACGGCGCUGGUGUGGGCAAAGGCAGGACUAUUGCUGGGAUUAUUUAUGAGAAUUAUCUUCUGGGCAGAAAGAGAUCCCUUUGGUUUAGUGUCUCAAAUGAUUUAAAAUACGACGCUGAACGGGACUUAAGGGAUAUUGGAGCCAAGAACAUCCAGGUUCAUUCUCUUAACAAGUUUAAAUAUGGCAAAAUAUCUUCAAAACACAACGGCAGUGUGAAGAAAGGGGUGAUCUUUGCCACCUACUCGUCCUUGAUAGGAGAGAGCCAGUCAGGAGGGAAAUACAAAACCAGAUUUCAACAGCUCCUCCACUGGUGUGGAGAAGACUUUGAUGGAGUUAUUGUCUUUGAUGAGUGUCACAAAGCUAAAAACGUUUGUCCCAUUGGGUCUUCCAAACCGACAAAGACCGGCCUGGCUGUUUUGGAGCUGCAGAAUAAGCUUCCCAAAGCUCGGGUCGUGUACGCCAGCGCUACUGGGGCCUCUGAACCAAGAAACAUGGCGUAUAUGAAUCGGCUGGGCAUAUGGGGCCAUAAAACGCCUUUUAAAGAAUUUGGCAACUUUAUUCAAGCAGUUGAACGCAGAGGUGUGGGGGCCAUGGAAAUAGUAGCUAUGGACAUGAAGCUCAGAGGGAUGUACAUUGCCAGGCAGCUGAGUUUUACAGGUGUGACCUUCAAGAUCGAAGAGGUGUCCCUGACUCAAAAAUAUAUCAACAUGUACAACAAGUCUGUAAGGCUGUGGGUGAGCGCACGAGAGAAGUUCCAGCAGGCUGCCAACCUGAUGGAAGCAGAGCAGCGCAUGAAGAAGUCCAUGUGGGGUCAGUUCUGGUCGGCCCAUCAGAGGUUUUUCAAGUAUCUCUGCAUUGCCUCCAAAGUGCGGCGGGUGGUCCAGUUAGCCAGAGAGGAAGUUCAGAAUGGAAAGUGUGUGGUGAUCGGCCUUCAGUCCACCGGUGAGGCGAGAACAUUGGAGGCCUUGGAAGAGGGCGGCGGAGAGCUCAAUGACUUUGUGUCGACAGCAAAAGGUGUGCUGCAGUCCUUGAUUGAGAAGCAUUUUCCAGCUCCAGACAGACAGAAGCUUUUCAGCCUGCUAGGCAUCGACCUGUCUGCAAAAAAGACGCCGUCCCCCAGUGAAAACACAGCAGAGCCCGAACAAAAGGGAAAGAAGAGGAAAGGGUCAGAGGUCAAAAAACAGCCUAAAAAGAAGCCUCGCAAACAUGGUGGUCUGUCCGGUACGAGUUCAGAGGAGAGCGAGUCUGAGGAGUCGGACAAAGAGUCUGGGAAAGACAGCGAUGACAGCUUCAAAUCGGUCAGCUCAGCAGAUGAAGACGACGAUUUCAAUCCAUUCAGAGACGAGUCAGAUGAAGACGAGGAAGACGAUCCAUGGCUGAUCAGGAAGGAGCCAAAGAAACGGAAAGAGAAGAAGAAGAAAAGGAGGAAGAGCAUUGAUCCUGACUCCAUUCAAAGUGCCUUGUUAGCCUCUGGGCUGGGCUCCUCCAGGCCCGGUUUCACAGCCCCAGUUAACCCCCCCGCCGCACCUGCUGCUGUCAAGACAGAGAGCCAGGAAAGCUGUCUAACAAGUCAGGACUCGGUGGAGCUCGCCCAGAAGAUGAAGAAACAGCUGCUGGAACAACUGGAGGGUUUGGCUGAAGAUCUACCCCCCAACACCCUGGAUGAGCUAAUAGACGAACUGGGAGGGCCAGAAAACGUGGCUGAGAUGACCGGUCGAAAAGGUCGGGUGGUCAGUAACGAUGACGGCAGCAUCACCUAUGAAUCCCGCUCUGAGCUGGACGUCCCGGUAGAAAUCCUGAACCUCACAGAGAAACAGAGGUUUAUGGAUGGAGAAAAGAACAUUGCCAUCAUCUCAGAAGCUGCCAGCUCGGGGAUCUCGCUGCAGGCUGAUCGGCGUGUGAAGAACCAGAGGAGGAGAGUCCACAUGACGCUGGAGCUGCCGUGGAGCGCAGACAGAGCUAUACAGCAGUUCGGGCGCACUCACAGGUCCAACCAGGUCACGGCUCCAGAGUACGUGUUCCUCAUAUCGGAACUUGCAGGAGAGCAGAGAUUUGCAUCUAUUGUUGCCAAAAGACUUGAAAGCCUGGGAGCUCUGACUCACGGUGACAGACGCGCCACAGAAACUAGAGAUCUAAGCAGGUUCAAUUUCGACAACAAGUACGGCAGAAACGCUCUGGAAAUUGUGAUGAAGUCGAUCGUAAAGCUUGACACGCCGUUAGUGCCUCCGCCCUCAGACUUCAGAGGGGAUUUCUUUAGAGAGAUUCAGAACGGGUUGAUCGGCGUGGGCCUCAUAAAUGUGGAGGACCGAUCUGGAGUUCUGACACUGGACAAAGACUAUAACAACAUUGGAAAAUUCCUGAAUCGUAUUUUGGGCAUGGAGGUCCAGCAGCAAAACGCCUUGUUCCAGUAUUUCGCUGACACACUGGCAGCGGUGAUCCAGGAAGCCAAAAAGAACGGCAGAUACGACAUGGGUAUCCUGGAUCUGGGCUCUGGUGAUGAGAAGGUGAAGAAGGUUGACUGCAGGAAGUUUUUGACCCCCAGCUACACCACGUCAGGACACGUUGAACUCCACACUGUCAGCGUGGAGAGAGGGAUGUCCUGGGAGGAAGCCACGCACGCCUGGGCAGAGCAGAACGGCCCCGACGACGGCUUCUACGUCCAGAUGAGAAAUAACAGGAAAACGGCCAUCCUGGUGAAAGAGGUGAACACCAAGAAGAGGCUGUUCCUGGUUUACCGGCCGAACACGGGCAGACAGGUCAAACUGGAGACGUACGCAGACAUUAAGAAGAAGUUUAAGAAGGUGCUGUCAGAAGAUGCCAAGCAGCACUGGACUGACCAGUACCAGUCGUCUGCAAAAAUCUGCUCUCAUGCAUACUGGCGCGGUAACUGUAAGAAGGCGUCGGUGGGUCUGCUGUGCGAAGUCGGGCUCCGCUGCAGGACCUACUACGUCCUGUGUGGCUCCGUGCUCAGCGUGUGGAACGAGCUGGAAGAAGUGCUUUCUCCGGUCAGCGGGAGCAACGUAAAGGUGCAGAUCGUCCGCCUCCGAACGGAAGAUGAACAGAGGAUAGUUGGGUUGAUCAUUCCUGCUAACUGCGUGUCUCCGUUGAUCAACAAGCUCUCCACAUCAGACCAGAGCCAGCAGCUGGCCGUGCAGGAGCAGCAGAAGAGGCAGCUGCUCCACCCUCAGAGUCUUACUCAUAUCAUCAACACAUAGUGUGGUGGUCCCCCCCAUCCCCAAAUAAGUCCUCUGUCCACUGAGGAGGCAUCCUGCUCCGGUAGAGUUGGUGCAAAGCCGCUCCUCCUCCACCACCGUCCCCCGUAGGGCCCAAAGUUUGGCAGCAGGCUGCACUAAAAACACGUCGUAUUCCCAGCUGUUGUCGUACUCUGAUAUUCAGAGUGAGCCCUCUGAUGCGUUUAAGGCUAAGGAGGCAGGAACGACGCGAGCGUAGAUCUCCCGGGUCCACCUUAAGAUGAAUGAAACUAAACCACUAGUAUCUGUGAAAGUGAAAGGACUCGUUCAUUCAGGAGAUUUAACAGGGAGGAGAGAGAUUUCUGAUGGGUUUUUUCAUCCCUGCUACAGUCCCUCAGUCAAAGACCAAAAAAGCAUCACUAUCGUCAGGAUCAGCUACAAUUAACAGACCAACUAGUUCAGCUUUUUUAUUAUUUCUUUCUUUUUUCUGUUUUGCAGACGGGUCUCAACUUUAUUUUCUUUAAAUCUAGAAUUCAUAACCUCUGUUAAUAAAGAUAAAAGUAUUUUAAACAGCUCUGCUUUAUCCACAGCGCAGAGGGAGAGCUUUAGUUACUGAAAGUUUCAUUUGGGUUCAGUUUCAUUCCUCACUAUAAGAAGUUUGAUAAUGACAAAUACCGGUAGAUGUUUUGUGAUUUAUUUAAACUCCAGUGUUUGGUGGUUUUACAUGUUAAAUAGUUCUUCAUUUAUAUUCUACAGUUUGAGACCCUGAAGGAAAAACUACUUAGCAUCUGUCGCUACACUUUCAAUAAAUGUCAUUUCUAUUGCUUACUGGAAAAGCCUGGUCCCUCUAUGACAGCCUUCACUUCUUUCAUCUAAUUUAGGCUUUUUCCAGACCAACAGCUCAGGGGUUCAUCUAAAACGCCCGACCAGAGCUUUGAUUUUCCUCCCCGUUUAGCUGGAUUUAAAGCUUCUCUCAUUGUUCGUAUGUCAUUCGAAUCUCUUCUGACCAACCUGCACUAAACGGGACAGAAUACGGCCUGUGAGCGUGUGGAGGUCUGCCCUGGUUCUAAACACCAGGCCUGUGUGCUCUCCCCAUCAAACCUCCAAUGCUCUGUAUUAUCUGUACAGUCUGGAAACUCCAUGCUGCACCUUUUUGGUUUUUUUCUGUUGAGGUUACCGCUCGUGUUUUAAACUUGAAUGUGCACCUUGUAAAAGUCGACUCCUCACCUUUUGUCCUCUGGGGCGUCAUGUAAAUAAGAGGCUGAGUAUUCUGUUGGUGAAAUUAGAUCCUUUUUAAGGUGGAAACGUUUCUUUUUUUUUUCCCCCCUGUUUAUCGCACGAGUUGCACUACUGACAAACUUACAAAAACUUCUGCAUUGCGUGUGUAUGGAUCAAUAAAGCUUGGUAUACUUCUGUAUCUUGUUUGUUUGCAAGACUGCCGCUAUUUGGCUCAUAUAUAUAUAUAAAUAUAUAUACACGUGACCAACAAAUGUAAAAUAAAGCUCUAGGAAUGACUAAUUAUCACAGCUCUUCAAAAGCCUU